ACUCGUACAAACCACCUUGAAUCACUAAUUAUCAUCCAUCCAUCAACUCUACAAGCUCAACUUCUCAUCAACCAAACUCUUCAAUCGUCCAUUCAACAGCUUCCUUGAGCUUCAGAUACCUUCAUAAAUCAAGUAAUACCAUCUUCAAUACCGCCAAAAUGACUGAUCUCUGGUAUGUCGAACAACUAUUCCCUUGACGCCUCCCGAUCCUACCUUCUUACCUUGUUUUUGAGAUAAGAAUCUCCAUGAGAUUUGUAUUCUUAUACAUCAUUACAAUUACUUCUAUGCCUUGAUCCAAGUACUGAUAGCAAUUAUGAUAGUCCCGUAUAUGCGGUUAGUUCCCCCCGACUGCCACCUCCGAUGUUCAACCCGACCAACCGUUGAUUCUGCAUCCAACAACAUCAACAUCUAUCCAUUUCAAAGCAUCAUACUAAUUAAUGUACAGCCAUUUUUCGGCGCCAUGGGCUGCACAUCUGCCAUCGUCUUCACUUGUUUCGGUGCUGCAUAUGGAACUGCUAAGUCUGGUGUUGGUAUUUGCGCAAUGGGUGUUCUCAGACCUGACCUGAUCGUCAAGAGUGAGCUAUGUUCAUCAGGUAUCUAAGAGCUCUACUAAUAUGCUAUACAGACAUUGUCCCAGUUAUUAUGGCUGGUAUUAUUGGUAUCUACGGUCUUGUUGUCUCAGUUUUGAUUUCCGAUGGGCUUAAACAAGAGCUCGCAUUAUAUACUGGUUUCAUUCAACUUGGUGCUGGUCUUAGUGUCGGUCUCGCUGGUUUGGCUGCUGGUUUCGCUAUUGGUAUUGUUGGUGAUGCAGGUGUAAGAGGAACAGCUCAACAACCACGUCUCUUCGUCGGAAUGAUUCUUAUUUUGAUUUUCGCCGAAGUCUUGGGUAAGAUUCGAAGUUCUCUUUUUGCUAUGAAUAGUGACUUACAUAAUUGACAGGUCUAUACGGAUUGAUUGUUGCUCUUCUCAUGAACUCAAAGGCAUCUCUGGAUGUUUCUUGCUAAAUGGAUCACUUCCUAUAGAGAGAGCCUCGAGACAAUCUGAACGCACUUCUCUCUCCUGCGACCAACUGUGAAUAUAUGAAUGGGUUAUAAUAAUGGCCUUCGAGGAUGAAAUUCGGGUGGAAGGUAUGAGUAGAACAAUCCAUGGCUAAAAUAUAUGUAUUGUUGUUAUUCUACAAAUUUCGGCGUUUCCGACGAUGCAUUAGAAGUAGAGAUGGGGGUGGAGGAGGUCAAAUUGACCGUGUAUGCUAGUAGUUCCUAUUCUUGGUAGCAAUCAUAUGAUAUUGGGUUUUUGAUUUCGAAACAAGGGAUCUGAUACAUGGAUCCUGUU